AUGUCAAAAGGACGAAAAUCUCGAGCUGAUUUGAACUCAGCUACAUCAUCCAAACCAUCGAUUGAACCAAAUUCUCCCCAAAAGGAUCUAUCGACAAGUCAAGCUACAGCUUCUGGACGAUCACAGAGUGAAUUUCCUACACCAGUCGAAGCAAUGGCUAAUCUUUCGAUGCAAUCGACUGAGUCUAAACAAGACAAAAACGUUCGCUCGCAAACCGAACCUCAAAAAAAACGACGAUAUGGUGUGUAUUCGGUCGUACCUGAUUCCGCUGUACUAAAACCUAUUAGCCGUCCUGAUGAUCAGGGCACUAUUGGCAAAGCUAUUGAAAUUUAUACAAAUCAUUUUCCUGUUUCCAUCGAUGAUGCGAUUAUCAACCAAUAUGAUAUGGAAAUAGUGAUGGUGCGUGAAGGACGAAAACUUUGUCCAGCAAAGAAAGACGAACGUUGGGAAGUAUUACAGAAACUUAGUAAACAUGAAAAGAAUUUCCCUAUUGUUUGGUACGAUCAAGGAAAACAUUUGUAUACAAAAGAAUUAUUGACAGAUUUUACAACGGCUCGUCGGGUUAAACUAACGAUUAAUAACGAAGAAAAAAUCUUCGAAUUUAAAGUGCUCAAUCUUGUACGACAAGAAAAAAUUGGAAAUAUUUUCGAUUUUAUCCGUGAAAAAACCGCAAUACGACCACGUGAUCCUAUACGGAUCAUAGAAACUUUAUUUAAACAAAGCGUACAUAAUGAAUAUGUUUGUAUACGCAAUAAAUACUAUGAUCGAUGUCAGAAACUAACUGAUCUAGGAGAUGGACGCGGUUUAGCAAGUGGUUUUCAUCAAGCACUUUGCUUGACUCGAGGUGGUCCUACGAUCAAUGUCAAUUUAGCUUUCACGUGCUUUUAUCAACCUCUAAAUUUCGUCGAAUUUGCCUGUCGAUAUUUACGCCAAGACAUUAGACAGGGAGUAAACAAAGCUGAAUUGGAAGGUAUGGAAGAACUGUUUUGGAAUUUGCCAAGUAUGACGGAUAAAAACUGUUUCGAUUGACUUUAGAAUAUUGUUUUUUUUUUCAAUUUUAUAGUAAGAACCACCCAUGCAAGACGUUCUAUUCAAUAUCGACUAAAACGUUUUGAUCUACCGGCAGACAAACUCACAUUUGAUCUAAGACACGCCGAUAAUUCAGAAAGUGCAUCACUACAAAAAGAAACUACUGUAGCGGAGUACUUUGAGAAGAAAUAUAAAAAACUAGCGUAUCCGCAUUUGCCAUGUAUUG